GUUACUGCUGUUCCAGUAGCCACAGACUCACAGGGUUCCGCAAUAUUUGCUUUAGAUCUUUUUAUCUGCAGAAGAACUGAAUUGUAUCCCACUGAAAUCAGCCAGGAGCGUUCCAAGCCGCUUCACAUUGCUUUCUAAAAUUGCACUCGUUUGAUCGAUCUUUGUUACUUUGGCAUCCCUAAUCUGUCCUAUUUUAUUCUACUAAUGGCCAUCAAAUGUCGGCUCCCUCAUCCAUCCGCGCUGAUGCUGAUGUUCAUAUCCUGCAGGGAGAUCCUGCUCUGCACUGGACUCACAGUGGAUCCUCCUGAAGACAUAACGGUGUUAGACCCUGGCCAACUUGGACGUCUGGAGAUUACUUGGAGUCCUCCGAGCAGCAUCAUCAACAUGACAGAGUGCUCAGUAUCAUAUCAGCUGAUGUACUUCAACACAUACAAGGAGAGCUGGGCUAGCGUCAGGACGAGCAGGAGGACCUACCGGGCUCAGUUUGAUCUGUCUAAAGAUGUUACGGUGAGAGUGUACACCUUGCUGGACGGGCCCUGUACCAACAACCAAAUGAUCAAGAGCACAAACUUCACAGAACUGAUUCAGAAACCUCCCACCUCAGAAAUUAUGAGCAUUGAAGUCCAGGACUUUACCUGUGUUUUCUAUAACAUGGAGUAUAUGGAGUGCGAGUGGAAACUAAGCCCAAAGACACCAGCCAACAUUCAGCAAAAUCUCUAUUAUUGGUAUAGAUCACUAGAGAAGGCAGUGCAGUGUCCAAAUUACAUCAUGACUCAUGGAGAGAGAAGCGGCUGCAAUUUCACACAAAAGCUAUUCCCUGAUUUUACUGAUAUCAACUUUUGUGUGAAUGGCUCCUCCCCUGAAGGGCGCAUGAAGCCCUUAUUCACCACCCUACAGAUUCAAAACCAUGUGAAGCCUGCCGCGUCAGAGAAGCUGUGUCUGCAAACAGGUCCUGACAAGCAGCUAGAGCUGAACUGGGAGGCUCCUCUAGGGUCCGUUCCUGGACACUGCUUAAAGUGGGAACUGGAACACGAUAACCAAGGACCUGAUGCAAGAAAAAUAUCCAGAAUUAUUUCCACCACGCAGACCAACCUGAUUCUUCCCUCCAGUGACAGUAAAGAGAGAAACUGCUUCAGAGUCCGGUCCAAACUGGACAAGUAUUGUGUGGACAACGGCUUUUGGAGCGAUUGGAGUCAUCAGAUAUGCCACCCAGUUUUACCCCAGAUACAUGUAGAAGUCAUACCUGAGCCACACUGGGAUGUGGGGUCUGUCUACAUUUAUAUCAUUGUUGCUAUUCUCGCCACGCUGCUGCUGCUCUUCUGUGUGUGGGCAACAAUGAAAAUGAAGAAUUCAAGACACAAGAAGAAGGUGUACUUUCUGAUCACAAACCUGUUUGCCAGAAAUGUGGCGCCUCCAGUUGAAGAUGCCUGCGAAGUCAAGACAACCAGCGAAAUCUAACAACUAACAUCUAACUCCUUUUCACUCAUUCUUUCAGGGUCUCACCAGUCAGUGAGACUGUCACUACUGCUUAUUCAGAAAGCUAUAUUUUUGAAGGUUACAAUUUUAUGUACAUAAACAUCAAAUAUUCACUAGCUGAUGUAUAUUUUCAACAUGGUGUACCUGCAUUUGCCUUUUGUAUUUACAUUUCUAUGAGAAUGCAGACAUUUUCAAUCACAAUUGUGUUAAGUGGAACCGUUCUGAAGAAGUUCCAGUCUUUUGCCUGAUAGUUUACUUUUUGCCAUAAAACUGUCGAGAUAAUUUAAUAAGCAGAGAUUAUGCGUUUUGUAGAAGUCACAGUUGCUUAUCCUCUGGAAAUACAGAAUACAUGUUUUACAUUUUGCCAGAUCUCUUGCCAGGUAUUCCACUUAACACAACUUCUUUUCAUGUUAUAGAGUAAAGAUAUUUUAUAUAUCCUUUUUUUUGUUAUAUUGUUUUCAAAUGUUUACUUUGUGCCUAAGUUCUUGCCCAUCAGCUUACAUGUUUUGGUCAAGAAAAAGUGGAAGCCAUUAAUAUGUGGUUUUGUACAAUGCCUUUAUUGCACUCUAUAGACCAGUGAAGUUUCUAUCAUCGACCUAGAAUAUCUAAAACAACUAAAUCUUAUUAUCUGCAGAAGAGAGGAGCGUGUCAGUGUUUUUAAUGCCACAGAUCUUAGCCAGUUUUUGUUUCAUGGUUGAACUGGAAGUCAGCAGGGCUUCAAAACAACAUUCAUUUCUUUGCUUUUGUAUCACACAAGCAAAACUGCCUCAGUUUUAACAAAUAUUAGACCAAAAAUGUGUUACACUCCAUUAGCAUUUUGGUACUAUUAUUAUAUCAUUAGUUAUGUGUUACAUGUUUCACCGUGGGAAGUGGGAAACGUCCUCUCGAUUUCUUGUAUGUCUUGACAUAUCAAGUAUUGACAA